GCAUGCCAAGGAGAAAUAAAUAAUAUUCGUCACAUGAAUUCUUCUCUCAAUUUCGUAAUUAUCCCACCUCAUCUUUCACCAUAUGAUGUUCUAUAAAUACCACUCCAAUUACCUCAUUUGUCACACAGUACACAAACAAUACAACCCCCCAACACCUCUCUAUUUUUCCUCUUGCAACUGUAGCCAACAAUCGUACACUACAUGGCUACUCCCUCUCACUGCUUGAUUUUUCUCUUCCUGUGCCUGCCAGCAGUCCUUGUUAAGGCUAACAUAUUUGGAGACAUCUAUCCAUGUCCAUGCAAGUGUUCCCAGGAGAAUGAGACUAGCCUUCACAUGUACUUGCACCAGUUCCCUGCUUUGCCAGGUGUUCCAAACCGGAACGAAUAUGGGGUGAUAAACUCAACAGAACCUAUAGGAUUUGGCCAGAUGUAUGUUCAUGAUUGGCUUCUCACAACGGGAACCAGUGCAAACGAAAAUGUUGUUGGACGUCUACAAGGCUUUCAUCUCCAAGCUGGUCAAACCACCACCAGCUGGUACAUGGCUCACACCAUGGUGUUCAGCGAUGGCAGUUUUGCAGGGUCCACAAUUGAGGUGUCUGGGCUCUUGGGUGUCAAACCCAAUGGUCAGUGGUCCAUUACGGGUGGGACUGGAACAUUUGCUAGUGCGCAUGGAACUAUCAAGUUUACGAAUUCCCAGAGUAGCACUGCCACUGAUGACAUAAGAGAGCUUGAUAUUCAUGUAUUCCACACUCCCAAGGCAGUGGUCUAAGGUUGAGCAAUUGUCAGAUCGAAUGAUGCCAUCAGCCGAUCAGAACGGUGAAUUCAAUAAAGUAGCGGUUAAGUUAAUAUUUGAAUAAAUAAUGUGUUUGUAUCCAAGCUUGUAUUGUGUUUUUUCUAUUUUCGGUUGUCACAAGUGUGUCUAGCAGCUUGCAGCGUUCCUGGUGUUCUUUUCACCGUAAUCUUCUUUUACCGUCACCAUUUGUGCUCCUCAUGU